AUGAUGCGCCCGGUAAACGCGCGGCGGGGAGAGCGGCGCGUCCGUCGCUCGCGCUGAUGACAAUAGCGGACUCCGGCGAUCAGAGCGCGCGAUAGAAACAGAAAGAAGGAACGUUUACCGGGAAGGACAAUGUCUCUCAGCAGAAGCAUCGAGCUCGAGCACUUUGACGAGCGGGACAAGGCGCGCCGCUCCAAACGCGCCGCCGCCGGCGGUCCGGGCUCGCGCGCGAGCAGUCUGGUCCCGAGCCCCGCGCACAGCGCCAACUGCAGCUUCUACCGCACGCGCACGCUGCAGGCGCUCAGCUCCGAGAAGCGCGCCAAGAAGGUCCGCUUCUACCGGAACGGAGACCGGUACUUCAAGGGUCUGGUGUACGCGGUGUCCGGCGACCGCUUCCGAUCCCUGGACGCGCUGCUGGCCGAGCUGACGCGCGCGCUCGCCGACAGCCUGCACCUGCCGCAAGGUGUGCGCAACAUCUACAGCGCGGACGGCGCGAGGAAGAUCGCGAGCCUCGAGGACCUCGAGGAAGGUCAGAAGACGGCGCACUCGUUCGAGCAGGUGCUCGCAGACAUCACCGAAGCCAUCAAACUGGACUCCGGCGUCGUGAAGAGACUCUACACGCUGGACGGAAAACAGACGUCCGUUCAUGGAGCAUCUCAGUCCCCGACCCCGUCCAGAGACCUCAACAAUGAGGAGGACCUCAGUCCAGAGGUGAACGGUAAUGAAGUUCAGUCGUCUGUCAUCACUGAGAAGUAUAAAGUGGGGAAGGUGAUCGGCGAUGGAAACUUCGCUGUAGUCAGAGAGUGUGUGGAGAGGUCUACAGGACAGGAAUAUGCGCUGAAGAUCAUUGACAAGGCCAAAUGCAGCGGCAAGGAGCACCUGAUAGCCAAUGAGGUGGCAAUACUGCGCAGGGUUCAUCACCCCAGCAUCAUUAUGUUAAUAGAGGAGCUGGACACGCCCACUGAACUGUACCUGGUGAUGGAGCUGGUGAAGGGCGGUGAUCUGUUUGAUGCCAUCACUUCCUCCACGAAGUACACAGAGCGAGACGCCAGCGCCAUGCUGUUCAACCUGACCGGAGCACUGCGAUACCUGCACAGAAUGAACAUCGUACACCGAGACAUCAAACCUGAGAACCUGCUGGUGUGUGAGUAUCCAGACGGCACCAAGUCUCUGAAGCUGGGUGAUUUUGGUCUGGCGACGGUGGUGGAGGGACCGCUGUACACCGUCUGUGGGACGCCGACUUACGUCGCACCAGAGAUCAUCACAGAGAGCGGGUACGGGCUGAAGGUGGACAUCUGGGCUGCGGGUGUGAUCACAUACAUCUUGCUGUGUGGUUUUCCUCCGUUCCGCAGCGAGAAGAACCAGCAGGAGGAGCUGUUCGAGCAGAUCUUACUGGGCAGACUGGAGUUUCCCUCGCCGUACUGGGACAACAUCAGCCUCUCUGCUAAAGAUUUAAUUGGUAAGAUGCUGCAGGUGAGUGUUGGUGCUCGUUACACGGCUGACGAGGUGCUGGAACACCCGUGGGUGCAGGACGAUGCUGUGAUGGACACUAACAUGGCGUGUGAGAUGAAAGAUGGUGUUGAAUCAGAAAACACACACAACAGCACAGCAGCAGAGGCUGAGGUGGAUCAUCUCCAUGUCGAUGACAGCUGGCAGUAGUCUGAUGAAUCUCUGCGGAGGCGCAGAAGAAGAGAAACCCUGAUCACCACCACAAACCUCAACACCAAGACCAGACCAGACCAGACCACCUUCUCUCAGCAUCUUCCGUCUAGUUCUUAGUGGCGCUGACCAAGUCAACCAUAAAUAUCACUUAGUCCUCAUAUUUUAGUGUUAGCCUCAUGCUGAAACCUCUAGUUUACAUGCACUCAGUUUUGUCAAUCCGAAUCAAUUUCAGAUUCUGGAAGUUGUUUAUAUAAACUUUUGCAGUUGAUCUUUUAUAUGAACGCUAAACUCUGCGAUUCACAUUAAUUUACAUGUAGGCUAUAUUUAUGUAUUCCAAACAACAGACACCAAGUUCAGAACUGGAAAAAGCCACUAAUGUCACCAGAGCUAACUAGAGUUUAAUUGUCAAGUAUGUCAGGAGAGCUUUUUUUUUUUUUUAGCAAAUAUUUAGUAAAUAUUCAUUCUCCUCCACUG